ACCAAGUUCUCCCGCACUUCUUCAGCUUCUAUCAGAAAAUCAUCGUCGCCGUCACCAUAUUCUUAUUCAUCUUCAAUUUUUUCUGUAACAGUUGGAUAUUAAUGUCUACUUCAAGUUGGAUGCCCUGUACAGGAUGCUCGUGUCCAAACCAUCAUUUUACCCCUCAGAAUACCGUCUCGGAGAAUAUUUCUUUCACAAACAUGGAUCUGAGUCGUUUAAUACGCUCGAAUGACCAGCCAUUACCAGCCGAAGCUGAUGCUAUUCGAGGCAUUAUAUCUCAACACGAGGAGCGAAUCGCAACCACAGAUUUGCGCACCGCUGCCCUUGGAGCUUUUCGUCAAGAGAUGGUCAACCUUAUCUCAAAGGCCGACGUGAUGAUGGUUACUCUCCUCGGGGAGCGCAAACGAGUUUUGGUGGAGAUACAGGAGAAGAAAAGUCUUCUGAGCGCCGUUCGACGACUUCCCCCCGAAAUCCUGUUUCAGAUAUUUCGCGAAACAAUCGAAUUUCCAAUGAAGCGCACACAAACAGACCGAGACACUUUUUGGUGGGAUUUUAACCCUGCUCCGUACUCGUUAUGGACCAUUGAACUGGUUUCGCGGCGUUGGAGGACCGUAGCUCUCACCUUCCCCGAGCUAUGGUCGCACGUCAACAUUUACAUCACAGAUGAUGAUUUUUCAGAGGGAGAAUAUGGGUUCAUUCGGCGUCUGGGCCUGCAGUUGGCCCGUUCUCAGCAAUCCUUACUCUCCCUCUCUAUUUGCGAUGGCGACAAUUCCAACUACGAGAAACUCCCAUCUUCCCUCGAAUUACUACUUUUUUCGAUUUCUAACAGAUUGCACGAAUUGCACCUUUCCAUGACCGCGGAGAUGCUCUCUGCCAUUCCUUCGCUGCAAUUACCACUGCCGUCCCUUGAAUCUCUUUCCAUUCUUUGCACGAAUGCUGUUAGCAUCAGUGAUUACAGUUAUUUAAAACUGGUCUGCAAUGCACCUAAACUUCGCGACCUGGCGCUUAUAGAUGUCGAACGUCCAGCGAUGUCAUUUGAACUUCCAUGGGCGCAGAUCACUCGUUGCAGCAUCUCUUGUGCUUAUGACAAGAAUGAAGAUCCAGGGCCCGACCCCUCUAGAUUCCUAGAAGUCCUCAAAUUGAUGACGAAUUUGACAAGCUGUGACUUGGUCUGUGAAGCAUGCUCGGUAGAAUUUGAAGCUGAGCGGGUUGCAUGCACAAAGCUUCAAGACUUCGCACUGACGUCGUGGCCCAGCAGUGAUGAAGCCAUUCCUCAGCUGUUCGACCGACUCCUGCUACCGUCUCUCUCCAUCUUCAAAGCAAAGUGUUCAGUGGGGUCAAUUCAGCCAGACGAUGAAGACGCUUUUAGAGCCAUUCAACAUGCCAUCAAUGUGUCCCAUAGCCCUCUAACAGUUCUUGAAUUCGACCACGGUCUCAUCGCAGAAGAAGACCUCCUCUCCAUUCUUCGAACCACGCCUACCCUAGAGCUGUUGAAGCUCGUCGAUGUUGGUCCCAAUGCGAUCACCGACCAGACUUUGGAUGAACUCACAGUCAAACCAUCCUCUACUCCCAUUGUUCCCCGGCUAUCCAGCCUGCAUCUCAGUACAGAAAUGACGUUUACAUCACAAAAUUUUGUCAUUAUGGUUGCGUCGCGACGGCCCGGGAAUGGCUUGCUCAAGUCUGUUCGUGUUUGUUGGUUCACUGAUGAAGACAAUCCGGAUGAAAACGAAGCGUUGGAUAUCGUUGUACUGUCUAGUCUGGACCUGUAUCGUCCGGAAGGAUUGGAAUUUGUUUUAACCACGCAGAAAAUUCCUCAGGGGGAGUGAGACUGAACAU